AUGGAGGCCCGCGGCGAAUCCCAGCCUGAUACGAGUUGUUCGUCGUUUUCCUGGGACGGCUCCGGGGUCUCGGUGUCCAGGGAGGUGCUGACGUCGGGCAGUGUCAGCCACGGAGGUAUACGGGACAAGUUGGUCAUCAACUCCAAGCCUAAUUCCAGAAAGAAUUCCACUCUUCAAAAAGUUCGGAUAGAGAGGAGUCCCCUAUUGGACCAAGUACAGAGCUUUCUCCCACAGAUGGCUCAGGCAAACGAAAAGCUAAGGAAAGAAAUGUCAGCUGCACCACCUGGUCAUUUCAAUAUUGAAAAUAUUGACACUCUCGGAAAAGUUAUGCAAAUGGUUAUGGCCUUGUUUGAGAUGAAUCAGUCUGAUUCAAAAGAAGAGGACAGUUCAGAAGAGAAUUCACAAGACAGUUCAGAGGACAGUUCAGAAUUUGAGGAUGAAGAUGAUAGCACCUCUUCUGAAGGUGAAGUCACCAUCGAUACCAUUAAGCUUCCUAAUUCAGAAGAUGGAAAAGGCAAAAUAGAGGUUCUGGACCGUCCUGCCAGUGAAAAAAAAGAAACAGGGAAAUAAACAAUCUGAGAAAAAGGUGAUAGAUGCCUGCAAAUUCUGUGAAAAAGAAUGUGACUUGCUGGUUAUUUUGCAUUUCAGAUACCUAUGGUGUUUGUUUGCAAAAAUGAAUGUAUUUUGCUUCUUGGAGAAACAAGCUAGCUUUUAAAGAGUUGGAAGAGAUAGCAUUUGGGGAUCUUCUAAGAGCAGACUGUUUUUGAUCUCAUGCUAAAGAGAUUUAGUUUAGAAAGCUUAACUUUAUGUAUGGUGAUGAGUGAA